UUAUUUACUUGUGGUUAGAUGCCCACUGGGGAUUAUUUGAUCGUCGCCAAAACUUUAGUUUUAUCUUUUUUUCGUAAGUUAAGUUGUGUGUCUGAUGGAGGAAAAGUUUUUUGUACAAUAUUUGCAAGGAUGACCCUCGCAAGCCUUUAUUUGUGUAGUGUGUGUAUAGUUUUGGUCGAACAACUGGUAAUGGCAUCGUUGUAGCCAUUGUAGUUUUCUAAUAAAAGUUUUCUAAGAGUCUCGCCAACUGCACCUGUCAGGUAAGUAAGCAUGGAGAGAGGGAAAUUGGUGAAGAAAAGAUGGAUUACACAAAAUAACGGCUGUGAAGUGUCACCGAUUCUAACAAAGUUCGAACUGAAAAAUUUUCGAAAAUUCAUACCGACGGUCAGCCUAAAUUUACUUGUAUCCAGUGUUAUAACACCAAUGAUUUAACCAGGCAGUGACACAACGGCUUCUGAGAUGAAAAAUACUAGGUUAUAUAUCCUAUAUAAUUCUAUAUAAUUAGUAUGGCAAGUCGGUAGGCAGCUCUCUCUAAGUGUAUGUAAUCAAAAAAGAAUAAAGUUGCGUCCUUUUAUGAGAUUUACCAAUGCCGUUCGUUGCUGUCCGCAACAUUUUCUUGGUUUUAACCUGUUUAGUCUUUAAGCGGUUAACAAAAGCAAUACUUUUUAUUGAACAUUGCAUACCCGCGGAAGCGGAGGAUCUAAAAAUCGCUUGCAACGAGGCAUGAAAUUUUCCAAGCAAAAAAUAGCUCGUUGGCUAAUUAUUUCCCUGGUUGGCUACCUUCUCCGUUUUAACAGUGUAGUCAGUGGUAAAGGAAACUAACUGAAUUUCCAAGUACAAUCAACGAAUUUGUAUUUAUAGAAUGACAACUUUUGCCUCACUUAAUUUUUGGUCCCAAGCGUGGUACACUUAUAUUUCGAUAUUCUAAAGGUGAACGGUCUUAGUUGCACUUAUCUGACGCGAUUAGUACCUUUACCGAAGCAAUGCCGUAACGCCAUUUGUUAGGCUAUUACACUAUAGUCAUGGUGUAAUUUUUACACAAAUAAGACUUUUUCUUUUAAUAUACUUAAUAACAAGUAUCGAAUAUUUACACAUGAUGCCAGUAUCGAAUAUGAAAUCACUAAAACACCUAUUUGUUUAUAUUGCUUUUCUUAUUUCAUUUGUUUAUCAUUUUGACUUGACCUUUAAAAAAGCAUUCUUCGUAGAAGGAGGAUACAGUAGAGAAAAGUAGUGUAGUUGGGGUUUCGGUCGAUAAAGAAAUAUAGUCUGUAUAUAUCCUAGCACAAAACUAUUAAAGAAAACCGGCUUUGAACUUUUUCGAUGAAUAUUUUCUGGUUCAUAUUGGUCACAUAGGUCAUUGUUUGGAGUUGAGUUAGAAGAUUAGACCAACACCCACAGCAUAUCCACCCAGGAUUUUUCUAGUUGUUUUCUCGCAACCAUAAAAAAUUGUUGAGGCAUGAAUUGCACCACGCUUAUGAUAUGUGCAAGCGCAGAUAUUCACGCUUAAUAAGGAUAUUCCAAUUAUUCGCACUCAUCGGUGUGUUUAUUGCCCAAACUGUUAGUUGCGAUUAGUUUGCUGAAGUGUUGACAUGACUUCUGUUUUGCAAAAAAGUAGGAUAAAGACCAUCAGACGUAACGAAAACAAAAAAAAAGCCGUGCUUAGUAUUUCUUUAAUUCUAUGCUACGCAGAAUGCCGUGUUUAGCAACUCAACUUCCGACGAUAAACGUACGUUUGAUUUGAAGAUGCGAUACAUAAUACAUUGAGAUAUAUUUUGAUAGAAAGAAAGUGCGGAUUUUUCUAAAAGUGGCUUUUAUUGUAGUACAUAUAUAUUGAGCAUUUUACUCUAUUACAGAAGUGCAGUCAACACCGAGCUCUUGAAAUGUUUUUACUAUGAAAAGUAGCCAGUUAAACUGGAACAUACGAUUUGCACGCUUACGACACUACAUUUAAGCCGGCUACGAAGAAUUAGGUUCUCAGAUCAGAUCUGUGCUGGAUGAAAGACGGGCGUGCUCACCAACAAAGCUCACGAAGUAAGCGCGAACUAGGGAACCUGGAUUGCCCAUAAGCGGAUACACCCAUUGUCGGACAAAAUGUUUCGCAAGAAGAAGCGUCCUGUUAUUUCGAUGCCUUCGAAUUUCGAACAUCGCGUGCACACUGGUUUUGAUCGUCGCGAGGGCCGCUAUGUGGGUUUACCUCCUCAAUGGGCGUCUUUGAUUCAGGUCCCACAAGCGGCUGGUUCAGAUGAUCCAUCGAUGCGGCCCAAACCGAUUAUCGAUCCUUCUAACAUCACACCAACUGAAAUUCUGGACCUCAAGAUGCACACGAUUGUACGAGGCACUGCGGCAACAUCAAGCAGCCGUAACCUUGUCGCACGCUCAAAUUCUUUGAGAUCGCAUUCACCCCCGGCGGUGCGCGGUCACCUGUCAUCAUCCCUACAGCAGCAGCAUCUGCCUCAAACGAUUCAAGAAGAUGCGCCAUUGGCAAAUACCUCCUUAGCCCCACCUACCGGCAAUACGCCACAUCCGACCGUACAUCAAGGCCAGCCAUCAAGUCAAGGAGCACCCGGUCAUCUUAACCCCCCAGGUCAUCCUGGUCACCCGCCGCAUCCGACCCAUCAGGUGCACCCACCGCAACCCCCGCCGCAUAAUUCUGGCCAGUUGAUGAAUCAAUCGUUCAGUCAUUCAGUGCCACUACCUCAAGCAAACCAGAUACCAAGACUUAACAGUUCGGCGAAUUCAUUACCACCGAACCCACAUGCAAUUCCACCCCCUAAAGGCCAGUUUGGCUUCAACCCCGCCAUGAGGAUCGCCCCGGCAGGCAAACCCCCAGCACCUCGACCAAUGAUGGAUAAUAAUAACGAAAACGAGAAAUUGCCUCCACCUCCGCCUCUUCCUCAACAUGGCUCUGCGCACCAGGGAGCACAUUUCUCACAACAGGCUCAAGGCCAAAUACAAGGACAUCCAGGUGGACCGCCAAGUCAUCAAAUAGUUCCCCAGUCGAUUGGGCCUGGUUCGGGAGGCCAUCCUCAAGGUCCACCCGUACCACCGCCUCAUACGGCUAAUCACAAUAAGCCUCAACCCAUGCCGCUACCGACUGAUUCUUCUGUGCAUCAGCAGCAUGCUCAACACCAACAGCCGGCUAGCCCUGAGCCGCAGGUGAGUACUAACAACAAGCCUUCUCAGCAGCAACCACAACAACAAAUGCCAGAUGCCAAUCAACGUUUAUCGCACGAGCAGUUCCGGGCAGCUCUUCAAAUGGUGGUAUCGCAGGGUGAUCCCCGGAACGAUAUUCUUGAGUUUGUUAAGAUUGGAGAAGGUUCAACAGGUGUCGUUUGCAUCGCAAAGCAGGUUAGCACUGGAGAAGUAGUCGCAGUGAAACGCAUGGAUCUUCGAAAGCAACAACGGCGAGAGCUUUUAUUUAAUGAAGUUGUCAUUAUGCGCGAUUACAAGCACGCAAACAUUGUCGAAAUGUAUGCAUCAUACCUAGUUGAGAAUGAACUGUGGGUCGUCAUGGAAUUCUUGCAAGGUGGAGCGCUCACUGACAUUGUUACGAGCUGUAAAAUGGAUGAAGUACAAAUCGCCACUGUAUGCAAACAGGUUCUCAAGGCACUGGCGUAUUUACAUUCUCAGGGUGUUAUUCACCGCGAUAUCAAAAGCGACUCCAUUCUUUUGGCUCACGAUGGACGUGUAAAGUUGAGCGAUUUCGGUUUUUGCGCUCAGGUAAGCGCCGACUUGCCUAAACGAAAAAGUCUCGUAGGCACGCCAUAUUGGAUGGCACCUGAGGUGAUCAGUCGACUUCCCUACGGCCCCGAAGUGGACAUCUGGUCACUAGGUAUCAUGCUGAUCGAAAUGGUAGACUCAGAGCCUCCAUUCUUCAACGAGCCACCCUUACAAGCUAUGCGGCGGAUUAGGGAUAUGCCCCCACCGAAAGUGCGUGCUUCUGGCGUAUCAGGUACCCGGCUAGGCGGCUUCUUGGAUAAGAUGCUCGUUCGCGAUCCUUCGCAGCGUGCCACCGCAUUUGAGCUGCUACAGCACCCAUUUUUGAGACAAGCUGGAGCUCCCAGUGUUCUGUUGCCUUUAUUACAGACAAGGCAGAGUCAACAGACGCACAAAUAGGCAUAUGGAACACCACACAUGAUUGAACCUAGUUGUUUUUUUAUAAGAUAAGACGUGAAACAAAAUACUGCCUUCAUAUGCCAUCGACUUGGACGUUGGCUCCGUCCUGUCCUGUGAAACUCAUGUUAACGAGUUCCUUUUUAGUGACUACACCACUGAGUUAAUGGUGAUAAUAAAACCGCUGUGACAGCCGUCUCGGAACAACAAGUGUGUUCCAUUUUCUAGUUAGUCAACCAGAUUUUGCGUCCCUAAUGCGAAUAUACAUACAUACAUCACAGUAUAUUUAUAUUAACGGUAAGGGAACAGCUGUAAAAAAAAAGCGCUGAAGGUGUUUGCUUUGACAUUCAUCACACAGUGGGCCUAAAUAUAGAAAUGGCCAUGGACGGUCUGUUUACGAAUGCAUUUAUGUACAAAGAUAAAUUUCAGCGUACUAAACGGACAUGACAAAAGGAAAGCUAUAAUUGAUGGUUCCAGAUAGAAAUAUUAGGGACGUGGCUGUGAGGUUAACGAAAUAUCGGUACAAGGUUGUCACAACAAAGCACCCCCUAAUCGAUCGAUUACCCAUCACGGCACAAAAGGAUACUACGACCACAUAUCACACUAACGGUAAAAGACGCAGAGCAAUGAAACUCACUAAACGGGUUGUGCAACUAAAAAGCGCUCUUAACAACGACGUGACACAUUGAGCAGAGAUAGGGAGGAACCGAGAUGACUACGAAGGAACGCUGUUCUGAUAUGUAAAGUAUUUAAUAAUAAUAAUAAUAAUAAUAAUUUAUGAAAACAAGAAACAACAGACAGAAAGAGUGGACAUAUGUAAUGAAACGGAAGAUUGGAUGUAUGGAAGUCAGCAUUGCUGAGAUAGUGAUAAGAAGAGAACUUGAG